UCCCGUCAGUUUUGAUGAUUGCUGAUUGGCCAGUGGUUUUUUACGGAGUUGGCGCCAUCGCAAGCCUUCGUGGUGUCUUCAAACCGCUUUCUCUAAGAAUUGCUACUCUUUACCGGUAUUAGCCAUUUAAUUGCUGCAUAAUGGCUGAUAAAGACGCGGCAUUUGACGAUGCUGUGGAGGAAAGGGUGAUCAAUGAAGAGUACAAGAUCUGGAAGAAGAAUACCCCUUUUCUGUACGACCUGGUCAUGACUCAUGCCCUGGAGUGGCCCAGCCUCACUGCCCAGUGGCUGCCAGAUGUCACAAGGCCAGAAGGGAAAGACUACAGUGUGCACAGGCUGGUCCUGGGGACACACACCUCUGAUGAACAGAAUCACCUUGUUAUUGCUAGUGUUCAGCUCCCAAAUGAUGAUGCCCAGUUUGAUGCCUCCCACUACGACAGUGAGAAAGGAGAGUUUGGAGGCUUUGGCUCUGUAAGUGGCAAGAUAGAGAUCGAGAUCAAGAUCAACCAUGAGGGAGAAGUGAACAGAGCCCGCUACAUGCCUCAGAAUCCCUGCAUCAUUGCCACCAAGACCCCCACCAGCGACGUGCUGGUCUUUGAUUACACAAAACACCCCUCCAAGCCUGACCCCUCUGGAGAAUGCACCCCAGAUCUACGCUUGAGAGGCCACCAGAAGGAGGGCUAUGGCCUCUCCUGGAACCCAAACCUCAGCGGCUGCCUGCUCAGUGCUUCUGAUGACCAUACGAUCUGCCUGUGGGACAUCAGCACAGUACCCAAGGAGGGAAAGAUUGUGGAUGCAAAGACCAUCUUCACAGGCCACACUGCUGUGGUGGAGGAUGUGUCCUGGCACCUGUUACACGAGUCACUCUUUGGAUCUGUGGCUGAUGACCAGAAACUCAUGAUCUGGGACACACGAUCCAACAACACUUCCAAGCCCAGCCACGCAGUGGAUGCCCACACUGCUGAGGUCAACUGUCUGUCCUUCAAUCCCUACAGCGAGUUCAUCCUGGCCACUGGCUCUGCAGAUAAGACGGUAGCACUUUGGGACCUGAGGAACCUGAAGCUGAAGCUGCACUCUUUUGAGUCUCACAAGGAUGAGAUCUUCCAGGUUCAGUGGUCUCCUCAUAACGAAACCAUCCUGGCUUCAAGCGGCACCGACAGGAGGCUCAACGUCUGGGACCUCAGCAAGAUCGGAGAGGAACAGUCACCAGAGGAUGCUGAGGAUGGCCCUCCUGAGCUGCUGUUCAUCCACGGCGGACACACAGCUAAAAUCUCAGACUUCUCUUGGAACCCCAACGAGCCGUGGGUCAUCUGCUCUGUAUCAGAGGACAACAUCAUGCAAGUCUGGCAGAUGGCUGAAAAUAUCUACAAUGACGAGGACCCAGAAGGUGCUGCAGAUUCAGAAGUCCAGGCAUGAGGCUAGUCUUCACAUUUCUUUAUCUGACCUGCUUGUUAAAUGGAUCCAUUUCUUAGUGCUGGGCACAUAAGCGGUGAUGUGUUUUUUCAAACACACUGGGCAGCACUGAUUUUGUAGAAGUUUUAAAGAACAACAUGCUGCAUUGUCAUCGUGUCGUGAAGUAUUUAAAUUAAGUCUGUGUUGGUCCGAUUUUUCACUUUGGCUUGUGAUGAAACAGUCACAGUUGUGUCCAGCAUUCAUAUCUUCUUUUUGAUGGUUUUAAUUCUUUCAUCUUGAUUAGCUGUGCUGAAUACAUUUCUACAGAGAUCCAUUUUUUAAAAAAGUGUAUAUACUGUAGGUUUUUCUUUGCCUUAUGUUUGUAGUGGGAAUUUUCCAGAAUGCGUGUGUCCCUUUUAUGUGUUUUCUUUCCUGUUUUUUUUCUGUGCUUCAUCUUUUGUGUAUUAAGUAUAUUCAUAAUAAAAUAUUUACAAUAAA